GCUAUGUGGAUGUAAUCUCACUGCUCAGUCCUGUGGAAGUUUAUCUUCAGUUCUACAAUCCUCAAACUCAAACAUCCUGAGAGAGCUGGACCUGAGUAACAAUGACCUGAAGGAUUCUGGAGUGAAGCUUCUUUCUGAUGGACUGAAGAGUCCAAAAUGUCAGCUGGAGAUUCUGAGAUUGUCAGGCUGUAUGGUGACAGAGAAAGGCUGUCGUUAUGUGUUUUCAGCUCUGAGUUCAAACCCCUCACACCUGAGAGAGCUGGAUCUGAGCUAUAAUCACCCAGGUUCAGGAGUCAAACUACUCACUGAAAAACUGUUGGAUUCAACCUGCUCACUGGACAAACUCAAUGUGGAUCAUGGAGGAGAAUCCAGGAUUACAGCAGGACUGAAGAAAUAUGCCUGUUUUCUCACACUGGAUCCAAACACAGCAAACAAAUAUCUCAGUCUGUCUGAGGAGAACAGAAAGGUGACAUGGGUGAAAGAGUAUCAGUCGUAUCCUGAUCAUCCAGACAGAUUUGAUGUUUAUCCUCAGGUGCUGUGUAGAGAGAGUGUGUGUGGACGCUGUUACUGGGAGAUUGAGUGGAGUGGAGAUGAUUAUGUGUUUAUAUCAGUGUCAUAUAAGAGCAUCAGCAGGAAGGGAAAUGUUGAGUGUUGGUUUGGAUAUAAUGAUCAGUCCUGGAGUUUAAUCUGCACUCCCUCCAGUUACUCAUUCAGACACAAUGACAUAGUGACUGAUCUCACUGUGAAGCCCAUCAUCAGGAGAAUAGGAGUGUAUGUGGAUGUGAGUGCAGGAACUCUGUCCUUCUACAGCGUCUCUGACACAAUGAACCUCAUCCACACAGUCCAGACCACAUUCACUGAGACGCUCUAUCCUGGGUUUACCAAUUGGUCUGGAUCAGUGAAACUGUGUUGAUGAAUCAGAAUAGACUGAUGAGAGA